AUGGCCGACCGUAUUGUUCGGCGGAAUGGUGCGGUUAUUAUUGAUGCGUUUACGGGUGUUGGUGGCAACGCAAUACAGUUUGCGUUGAAGGGAGCAUUUGUGAUCGCAAUUGAUCUUGAUCCGGUGCGUUUACGUUGUGCCGUUCAAAACGCAAAAGUUUACGGUGUGGCUGAUCGAAUUAAUUUCAUCUGCACGGAUUUCUUUCACUUUGCGCAAUCACCGAGACUAUGGAAUAUGGCAACGCCAUUUUCUAAUGAAGACGGGGAAUGUGAUACAAAUCAAAAUGACAGAUGUGCAGAGGGUGUUAUCGAUGCGAUAUUUUUGAGCCCACCAUGGGGUGGACCGUCUUAUUUGAAAAUGAAG